GGUCUGCAAGGCCUGUUACCUCGCACUGCUGCUUCAGGCGUGCUUCCUUGGCACGGGGGCCAGGGAGACCCGGUGAAACGGUUGUCCGCUGGCCGCCCGCUGGUUCGUAGAGGACCCGAACCCCGGCCGUCCCUGCUGGGGAGGCUGUCCUGCCGCCAGUGAAAAAAGCCUGUGUGUUGGUCGCUGCGCCGGAAUGGGAAACCGGAGUGGAACGUAGCGCCUGGCCACGGGUCGGACCGGGGGCCCUUCCGUCCCCCGUGCCAGGGAAUCACUCUACCUGUUGCGUCUAGGUGAGGAUUGGCCUUGCCUGUGACCUUGUGACUGUGGGUAUUUUGGUUGAUCCACUUUUUUCCCUUUAUUACCCGCUCAUUCCAAAUAUGAAUAAACGAAACAAGAAAAACCGUAAUACAGCGGCUUCGUUUUCCACACUCACUGUGGAUUUUUGUAACAUCAGAGGACUCCACUCCAACCUCAAUUCCGUCCACCACCACCUUGAGACAGACAAGCCGGCCUUGCUUUUCUUGACGGAGACACAGAUAUCUACCCCGGCCGACAUCUCUUACCUUAUGUACCCUGGAUACAGCCUCGAACACAAGUUCGUGUCACGGGCUGGAGUGUGCAUAUUUGUCCGGGAUGAUAUCUGCUGUCGUCGUUUGGGCAGUCUUGAAGAUAGAGAUCUGUCACUUAUUUGGGCGCGCGUAGAUUACGGUGGCCACGUCCGUAUCUAUGUGUGCUUAUACAGGUCUCACAGCGGAGACUCGGAAACCAAUCGCCUGCUGGAGCGUAUCCAAGUGGGACUCAGCGAAGUUCUCGAGCGGCUUCCCUCGGCGGAGUUAGUGAUCCUUGGUGACUUCAACGCGCACCACAGCGAGUGGUUGGGAUCAUUGCGCACUGACUACGCCGGGAGAGCUGUACACAGCUUUGCUGCAGCGUAUGAUCUCUCGCAAAUAGUCGAUGGUCCCACUAGAAUUCCGGACAUCGAAGGUCAUACCCCUGCUCUCUUAGACCUACUGCUGACCUCGCAUCCAGAACGCCACCAGGUAUCCCGUCUUGCACCCUUGGGUUCGUCAGACCAUUGCCUGGUGCGUUCUGUUGUUACCACGGAGCGGACAGGGCAAUCUCGACCUUCUGGGUUGCGCCGUGUCUGGCACUAUGGAUCAGCAGAUUGGGAUGGACUGCGGGAGUUUUAUGCGUCCUACCCUUGGGGGCAGCUCUGCUUCUCCUCGGAUGAUCUUGACAACUGUGCGAAAUUCGUAGCUGACACGAUCCUGCUAGGUAUGGAAUGCUUCGUUCCUAGCACAUUAGUUCGUGUUGGCAAUCGUUCUCAGCCCUGGUUUGGUCGAGCGUGCGCUGAAGCCCGUAAAUCAAAGGAAGAAGCUUACCAAGCCUGGGCUGCUGCGCGUCAGGUCAAUGAUCGUAACUGUUCCGAAUUGAAGAAGCGACUUAAUGCUGCUACUAGGUCUUGUAAGAAGCGAAUUGUUGCAGCCAAGUUUGAACAUACCCGCAGAAUUGGUGAGAUACUAGUCAGUCAGCCCUCUGGGUCCCGAACUUUCUGGUCUCUCGCCAAAGCUGUUCAGGGGAACUUUUGCAGGGUCUCCUUACCAUCCUUGCACAAACCCGAUGACUCACUGGCUCAUUCCGCAAAAGAGAAAGCAGACCUACUUUGCUCUCUAUUUGCGUCGAAUUCUACACUGGACGACGGGGGCAAUACACCUCCCACUAUUCCGCAAUGCGAGUACUCUACUCGUAUGCCCGAGGUCCGCUUUACUCAAAGCGCAGUAAGGCGUGCUCUCUUUGCCCUCGACGUCAAGAAGUCCAGUGGGCCAGACGGUAUUCCUGCUGUUGUAUUAAAAACGUGCGCCCCAGAAUAA